AUGGCGAGGCGCGGAAGUUGUUCGACGAUAUGUCUGAAUGAGAGGCAAAACCACGGUUUCAAGUUUCGGAUUGUCAGAUUUUCCCAAAAGUCUGAGACUAAUUCUAGAAGAGGCAGCUUCUUUGAGCGUUCUAUCUCUCUGGUUCUCUUACUCUGGUGUUUCCUCUUCUUGGUGUAUUGCAAGCUUGGCCAUAGCCAUAAUCAUGGAGAUAACUACACUGCUGAUGGAUCACUCUCCAAGGUCCUAAAUUCCACGAGCUCCUCUCAGGCAACUGGGAAAGAACACAACUAUUGUGUCCUGAGAAAAGGCCAGUUACAAGAUGUGUAUGAGCAUGUUCUUAGUAACAACGCUUUGCUUAUCUGCAAAGUUGCCCUACCAGGAGGAAGAGGAAAGCACAAGACCCUUGCUCGUGUGGAAGACAAAAGUCUUGUAGUAAAUGGCUCUGGUGCGCAAUCACAACUUUCGAAUGCGACCCAUUACAGGUUAGAACCUGAUGGAACCGGGUAUAACUACGCUUCUGCUAUGAAGGGAGCAAAAGUAGUGGAUCAAAACAAGGAAGCUAAAGGUGCUAGCAAUGUGCUUGGCAAAGAUCAUGACAAGUAUCUAAGAAACCCUUGUUCUGUCUCAAAUAAGUAUGUGGUGAUUGAACUCGCUGAGGAGACGCUUGUUGACACGGUGAGAGUUGCAAAUUUUGAGCAUUACUCUUCCAAUCUCAAAGAGUUUAGCUUGUCUGGAAGCUUGAGUUAUCCAACGGAGACGUGGACUCAUGCAGGGAGAUUCGUGGCUGCAAAUGCUAAACAGGUUCAGACAUUUCGUCUCUCGGAACCUAAAUGGUUGAGAUAUCUUAAACUGAACUUGAUUAGUCACUACGGGUCUGAGUUUUACUGUACCUUGAGUGUUGUGGAGGUCUUUGGCAUCGAUGCUCUUGAGCAGAUGGUUGAAGAUCUGUUUGUUGCGUCUGAGACUCUUCCUAGUAAACCAGCUAAGCUUGAACUGAAUCAUGAAGAGAAAACCGCUGAUGAGAAACAAGAAGGGGAAGUGAAAAACAAUGUCACGGAUCAGAUUGUUGAUGCUCAGAAGAAGAAAGAUGUUGUUGUGAAGACGAUUAAUAUCGUGGGAGACAAGAAAUAUGAAGUUAGGGAGAAGCAUAACGUUUUGAAGUUGUUGAUGCAGAAAGUGAAAUUGAUUGAAAUGAAUUUAUCUGUUCUUGAAGACUCUGUGAAGGGAAUGAAUGACAAGGAAACAGAGGUUAGCUUUGAGAUGAAGAGAACUCUUAUGCUUGUUGAGAAAAGCAAAGCUGAGAUCAGAGAGAUCACAGAGUGGAAAGAGAAAAUGGAGAAGGAGCUUAGAGACUUAGAGCUAUGGAAAACUCUUGUAGUUUCACGUGUAGAAUCGUUAGCUAGAGGAAACUAUGCAUUGAGAUUGGAUGUAGAGAAGAUUGAGAGAGAGCAAGCAAAUCUAGAGAGCAAAGAGCUUGGAGUUCUGUUGAUAAGUCUCUUUCUCGUGUUCUUAGCAACGAUACGGUUGCUCUCAAGGCGACUCUGGGCGUUUCUGUCUUUUACGGAUAAAAUGGGAUCUCUAUGGCCAGAUAGCGGUUGGAUCAUGAUACUCCUUAGCAGCAGCAUCAUGAUUUUUAUAACUUUACUCUCUUAGUUAGUUUAGGAGUCAGCCUUAGGUUUUUCUUUUUUAACACUGCCUUGCUAUAAUGCUAUUCAAGUAUUCUAGCCCUUAGGAUUAGGAAACUAUAGGGAAGUUUCAUUGAUAAUAAAUUAGAAAAAGAAGUUUCAUCAGUUCAAUUCCUUUUGUUUUCUGAUUUAGAGGGUUUAGAACUUGAUGGCUACGGUAUUGCUGCCUUUGAUUCGGGUCUACAUUUCUGAAUCUACACAACUUUUCUGCGGA